AUGAGGAUUGAGCUCCUUGUCUUCCUACUUUCUGGCCCCCUCCGCGUUUUCUCUGCUACUUGCUUGGGACGCUUUGGCGGUCCUAAUGUGAAAGUCACAAAUCAGGGUGCAGCUGAGUCACCUCCGUACGUCGAUAUAGGGAUCGAUUCCGCCUUUCCAGGGAAACACCCCCAUCACCCUCCUGAGAAAGAACCCACUGGGACGGUGUACGAAGUGCUCUCCAGCGACCCCAAGUUCUCUAAGUUGACCAAAGCUCUCGACUUUGUGGACGAAGUGGCCGCUCUCCUCAAUGACACCUCCGCCAGGUUAACCUUCUUUGCAACCCCUGACCACGCUCUGCGUCCCCCCAAGCGCGAUGGCGACGACCGUGACAUAUACAGCGAUGCAUUCAAACAUGAUCUGGACCAGAGCUUGUUCGAGCUCAUCAAUCUGUCGCAAGCAAUUGAUUUGCUCGACCAAUUUAAACAAGAUGGCGCCCUGGAGGACGAUGGUGACAAACGUAAAAGAAUUUUGAAGUUAAUCCUCCGUUCAAUUCUGGAGUAUCACAUCGUGCCGAAAGAUGCCUACGACGGCCCGACGCUGGGCCACAACACAACUUACGCAACAAAUCUCACCAUCCCCCACGUUUCAGAUGGCGAGCCGUUACGCUUAAGGGUUUCUCAAAAGUUCUUUCCCCCUGUGACUGCAAUCAAUUUCUUUUCCAAGAUCGUCCAGCCUAGCACCAAAGCAACGAAUGGGAUUAUCCAUGUCGUCGACCAUCCCCUUCUUCCUCCCCCACCGGUAUUCCAAGAGCUCUAUUUGAUCCCCCAUUUUUUCUCUACUUUGACCUCCGCGUUGCAACGCUUAGAGCUCACCGAAACACUUGACCUUCGCUUCGUACACGGAAAGGGGCUCCAGGGUGCUUCAUUGGUCACGGUCUUCGCCCCUACCAACCGGGCAUUCGACAAACUGCCCCAGAAGUUAAAGAUCUUCUUGUUUUCCACCUUUGGCGCGAGGAUUUUGAAGAAAAUAUUGCAAUAUCAUAUCGUCCCCGACGUGGCUGUAUAUUGUGACUACUUACACCGUAAAUCUGCAUUGGAACCCGAGUAUGAGCAGGUUCUUCAAGUCCAAAACACGGAGCCUGAUCAGCCAAUUCCUUGGUACUUGAGGUUUGAGGACUACAGGCGUGACCGGCGCCCGGCGGAACCUCUCUCCUCUGUCAAUGUCACCCUUGAAACACUGUUUACAAACCACACUCUUCAAGCACACAUAGAGAGGACCAACGUCACGUUGCCCAUCCCUGGUCCUAGGAAGCCCUCCAGGAUCGAAACCAAAGUCUUUGUGAACCACCAGUUGGUGGCCGUACCAGACAUUGUGGGCUUAAACGGUGCCAUCCAUGUCGUUGAUGCAUUGCUUGAUCCACGUGGCCCAAAACAUGGGUGGCACGGGGUUGACCACGACGAAGAGAACGGGUACGAUGAGGACAUCCACGUGCAGCAUGACGAAACCUGGGGCGACUGGGAAGAGUGGUUGCUCCAAUGGGCAGACGAGAACUAA